CAACCCAGAGAUUUUCCAUAUCCCCACACGUCUCGUCUCUCUCGUCUCGUUGGAAGCGAAGCGGAAGCGGGAGCCGAGGCCGAGGCGAGGCCCCUUCUCCACGCCCGAGGCCGAGGGGCCUAAGCUGCCUGGGCGCGAUCUGCUCCCCCCCACACUCGUAAGGUCUGAGUCCCUCAUCUCAGUGCGAUUCCCCCUCCAGUUUGACCAGUCGGAGGUGGCUGAUUUCAUACCAUAGAUGCGCUAGUUGUUCUGCUGCAAGAAAUCGGUGUUGUUUGUAUGGACUCUGGAGUAGGAUGAUCUUGGCGGCGGGGAAGGGGGCACCAGGUUGCGCUAAUCCAUACUUCUCGUCAAUGCUGGGUGGUCUGCGCGGUUGUGGUGGGGGUUAAAUCGCGAGGUGCGUCGGUCUAGUUCUGGGUGGUUCCGGUUGCUUCACUUUUAUUUUACUCGGUUCUGCUGUUAUUAAUUUUUGUUUUAUUACGAACUGCUUCGACCCGGUGAGAUGACUGAACUACGAGUAGUAAUUAAUUAUCUAGUCGGCGGGGAUGUUUGACCCCGUUCUAUUGCUGCUGUUAUAUUAUUAUUAUUACUGACGAGUUACCCGCUAGAUUGCUACUCUGCACACUUAGGCAGUGCAGAGUCUGGAAACUGGGUAUCCCAUUGAUCUGCGGCUGCGUGUGUUGUUUCCUAAUUCAUGAUGUCGAUAAAUUGGUUGGUGGUUCAGCUUUUGACUGGUUGUUGGGAAGGGUAGGCGUACCUUAUGCGAGUUUUUCAUGCUAUACAUGCAUCACAUCGUGUCAUGUAAUUGGCAGUGUGUUCUCUAGUUUUUCUGUCACUCAAUAUACCCAAGGGCCAAGGAGAGCAGCCAGCAUUGUCUUUCUCUUAUGACCCUGCCCAUUGGCCCAGGUUCGAGUCUCCCGUUCUAUCCUAGUUUUGACUUGUGGACUAUCUUAGUUUUGACUUGUGGACGGAAUAACUCUUUAUCUCCCCACACGUUAAAAGAUCAAGCAGUCAAGCAAAUACAGUUGCACUCCAGUCAUUGUAGCAGGAAACACCUAUCUCUCCUGUUCUACCCUUGCUAUGCCCUCUAACAUUUUGUCGUGAUGUAUCCCCAGAACUGUGUUCCCACUCCAUGUACAAGAGUAAAAGGACUUAGCCCCUCAGUAAAAGCUACCAUAACCUUGUCUGACCAUGGCUGAACUGAAAGAGAGUUCUAUUGAUUCCUGGGUUGAUUGCUUAUGUCUGUUGGAAUAGAUCUUACAUUAAUUUCAGGGUUUAACUAUGGUCUUCACAAUUGGGGCAAAUAGCCUAAAAUUUUAUUUUAAGCAAGUUAUUUGGAAUUCUGUGUCACAUUGCUACUUUUCUCUGAGGAAAAUUACAUUCAUAUUUUGUUUUACUACGAUGGAAAUGAUUUAUUAUUGACGAUUUGGCUUCUUACCACCUUGUAGCUAAAACAGAUUGGUUCCAAUAAUGAUGAUUGUUGUCAAUUAUUUAUAUGAAGUUCUGUAUGAAUAUGUAGAAGAUUUAGCAAGAGGGAUGGCUUGUCGUUCACAGAGUAAUUGAACGGUUGUAUCUGUGUAAGGUUGAGUAGUUUUCCUUGGAUUAUUUGUUACCUCUACUGAAUCAAAGGGAAUGAAGGGCGGGCCUGGUGCAGUGGUAGAAUCUGUCCACUUGUGGCCUGGAGGUCCUAGGUUCGAACCAACCUCCUAGCAGAAUGUUAUGCAAGGGUAAGGCUGUCUAGAAAUUCCCUUCCCCAGGCCCCACCUUGUGUGGGAGCUUUCAGCACUGGGUAUGCCCUACUGAAUCAAAGGGAACAUGACACUAAAAGGAAGAAAUUUAUUAAUUCAUUAUUGCCAUUUUUUCCACAAUGGAGAUGGGCAUCUAAGACGUGCGACCUUCCAUGGCGUAACUAUUAGAAAAAGAUCGGUUUCUUGUGAUUUCCUGGGUGUUGUUCAUGCCGUUGGUUUUUUCAUGUCGUUGGUGCUAUAAGUACAAUUGCUGAUACUUAUAAGCUAAAAGUGCUCUUAUCUUGCAUGCCUUCCUUUGCCGUAAGUUCUCUCACUAUAUCUUAAGAGCAAAUAUUUGUGUGUUUAUCUUAUAAUCGUUGUCAAUCUGUAUGGAAGGACCAGUAUGCUCCGCAGCAAAGUUUUGCAGAAGACUAAAGAGAGCUUGAGCAUAUCGAAGAAGCACAAAAGAAGAUUUACCCCUCAGUUUUUGAAUCCUGAAUUCUCUAGCUUGUAGAAGAAGAAAGCCGGAAUUAUAGAUAAAGGACAGACCACAAGCAAGUUUCCCACCAAAAUACAGUCUUUGGCAGUAUGACUCCGAAAAAUGUGAUCCGUUUCAUUUUGGUGCUGAUCCAUGUGAGCAGCUGUUUGGGUAGAUCAGGGAAAAUGUUUUCUCCUAGCUUUAUCUCAGUGGCGAAGUCAUUGUCUAGCUGGCCAAUUUUCAGCGCAGGGAUAUCUGUAACUGUUGCACUUGUUCUGUCCUUGUUUCUAACUUUCGAGCAUCUCUGCGCGUACCAUCAACCUGAGGAGCAGAAGUUCUUGAUUGGUCUCAUUAUGAUGGUUCCAGUAUAUGCUGUUCAAUCAUUCUUCUCAUUACUGAAUUCAAAGGUUGCUUUCAUCUGUGAGAUGAUGCGGGAUUGUUAUGAGGCAUUCGCAAUGUAUUGCUUUGAGAGAUAUCUGAUAGCAUGCUUAGGUGGGGAGGAAAGUACCAUCAGAUACAUGGAGGAUCAGUUUCAACCCAGUGAUAGUUCUCCUUUGCUAGACGUUGAUUAUGAUUAUGGUAUUGUGAAACAUCCAUUCCCAUUGAACUGGUUUAUGAGAAACUGGUACCUCGGUCCUGACUUUUAUUAUGCCGUGAAGAUUGGCAUUGUGCAAUACAUGAUACUCAAGCCUAUUUGUGCUAUCUUGGCAAUUUUGCUAGAACUUCUGGGUAUCUAUGGAGAAGGAAAAUUUGCAUGGAGAUAUGGGUACCCAUAUUUGGCUGUUGUCCUAAAUUUCAGCCAGACAUGGGCAUUGUACUGUCUUGUACAGUUCUACACUGCUACCAAGGAGAAGCUGGAACCUAUUAAGCCCCUGUCCAAGUUUCUAACUUUCAAAUCUAUUAUAUUUUUGACAUGGUGGCAAGGUAUUGCUGUUGCAUUUCUGUUUUCAACUGGGCUUUUUAAUGGACAUCUGGCACAAAGUUUGCAAACACGUAUCCAGGAUUAUAUAAUAUGUCUGGAGAUGGGGGUGGCGGCAGUGGUUCAUAUGAAAGUAUUUCCAGCUAAGCCCUACAGGCGUGGCGAGAGAAGUGUUUAUAAUGCUGCUGUCAUGUCUGAUUAUGCAUCCCUGGGGGCUCCAGAUCCUGAAGAAGAACAAGAGAUUGAUAAUUUAACAAUCAUGGAAACCUCUCGCCCUGAUUCCAGAGACAGGCGGUUGAGUUUUCCUCAGAGUGUUCGUGAUGUUGUGUUAGGAAGUGGUGAAAUUAUGGUCGAUGAUGUCAGAUACACAGUCUCCCACGUCGUUGAGCCCAUGGAAAGGAGUUUCACGAAGAUAAAUAAGACACUCCACCAAAUAUCUGAGAAUGUGAAGCAGAUUGAGAAGCAGAAGAGGAAGGCAAAGGACGACAGCCAUCUUAUUCCACUGGAAUCAUGGUCAGAGGAAUUUUCAGAAGCUCAAGAUCAGGUUCAAGGUGGUAGUUUUAGUGACAGUGGAUUAGCUAGGAAAAGGUACAACAAAUUUCGCAGACUCCGCAGGUGGUUCUAGCAGUCUGGUGGUGGGUUUUAACCACGGCGGCUAACCUUUACCCAGAAGUAGAAGUUUAUACAUCAUUUAGGACACACUGAGGCAAAAGAAAGGCGAUUCCGGUGACUAAUAGUUGCAGGAUGGCUUCGGAGCUUCCCUAGUUCCUUCUGUUUAUGGCUGACCCUGGCUCAGUUUCAGGAGGUGCUGUUACAUGGGUUUUUCUAUGAGAGUGGCCUUGUUUGGUACAAGCAAAAAAAAAAAAAAAAGGCUCCGAUAAUUACUGAUGUAACCACCCCCAAGCUUCUUUGGAUUAACAUACACUGAAGGGAGAUAUUUGUACGACUGGAUGAGCAUAUUUCGAUCAAAUCCUUAAAGCACC